GUUCACAGUACAGGACACACCUUGACUGCUGAUACCUUCUCCCAGCAACAGUGCGCAGCCAGACAUCUCUCGCCUGAGCUCGAUACAGCGUACCAUCCUCCAGAUCAACAGACAAACAUGUCGACAGUGGCAGGAAGUGACCAUAAGAAAUGCAGCGGAGACGGGAAACAUGAGCACAAGCAUGAAGGACAUGGCCACGGCCAUGGCCACUGCAAAGGACACAAGGGGGAGCACGGCAAAGGACACUCCAGUGACUCCAGCAGCUCCAGUAGCUCCAGCGGAAGUGACUGUGAGGGAAAGCCACACGGUGAAGGCCACGUUCACAAGAAGAAGGAGAAGAAGUUGCACAAGGAUAAGAAGCCCAAAGAUAAGAAGGACAAAAAGGAGAAAUGUGAAAAAAAGCACUAAACGUCUGGUCUGUUUUGACAUAAUUCCUGUACAAUGAGCUGAAUGGUUCGUUCAGCAAUGAAACAGUUAAACCAUAAGUCUGUUCCCAUAAUAAAUACUGAGCCUUAAGCCAGCAGGGGAUCAUGGAACAUGUAGUUUAUAUGAGAUCUAAAAUAUAUUUGAAUGCAGGGAGCAGGUGUGGGCAAUCAUUGGCACCCUCUGUGCUGUAUAUACUACCACUCUCAUGAAGCUUAGCCAGCCUUCUACCUUGCUGAGCACCGUGAGGCGUGCCUUAGAUUGCCUGUACGAGCCAGACCCCAUUCUCUCUCCAUUAACAGCCCCAGAAUACAGUGUAACAAUGUCAAAUAAAACUUCUGAAUACUA